GAGGGAGGAGGCGGUGGCCGCCGAGCGCUGGGAGCCCCUCCGCGCGGGCGGCCCGGGAGGGCGCGGGCCAAUCAGAGCGCGCUCCGCCGGCAGCCAAUCACCGGCCGCCUCGCCCGGCAAAUCUGCCCGGCAGUGCGGGGCGGGGCCUCCGGGGAGCGGGCGCCGCCGGUUACACUUCUGAGCGCCUCCGGGAGCCGCGGGGCAGGGGAGUCCGUGCCGGGAAGCCGGGAGGGCUAGCAGGCAGGCCAGCUUAGGUGCCGGCCCAGUGACAUCCACAGAAGAUAAACCAGGCCGGCGAUGGUGCGUCCGGGCGCUCACGUGUGUCGAGACCCACCGGCUUGUCUAUUUGCGGUGUGAGCACCUGUCGUGUGGCGGCUCCGGGCGUGGCUGCUCGUCGGGCGGGCAGUUCCUGUAAGAUUUAUCCCUGGGGGCCUACCUUCCCCGGCUCCAGAGGGGAACCUAAGAAGUUUAACCGAGCCGGGUGUGAGCAGAUUAAGGGAGUGAAACAGCGGCUGGGCCGGGGAGGGUGGGGACUGCGGGUGCUGAGGGGGGUAGGAACCACCUAUUUGUCCCGUCUCCCAGGCAGAAAAGGCCUUUUGGCAAGACUGGCGUGACAAAGGUGGCCCUGAAAUGCCUAGAGAGCCUGGGCAAUGAUGAUCACUGAGUGAGUGGCACUGGGCUGACCCUAGGCAGUUUGUUGAGUAACAGACAGGGAUGCUAGCGGUGCGGAAGGCGAGGAGCAAACUCAGGAUGGGGACCAUCUGCUCCCCCAACCCCAGCGGGACAAAGACAUCAUCGGAGGUCUGCAAUGCCGACUGGAUGGGCUCGCUCCCCCCUCACCUCCACAACGUCCCGCUUUCCAAUCUGGCAAUCCCAGGCUCCCAUGACUCAUUCAGCUACUGGGUGGAUGAAAAGUCCCCGGUGGGGCCUGACCAGACCCCAGCUAUCAAACGCCUCGCCAGGAUCUCCUUGGUAAAGAAGCUAAUGAAGAAGUGGUCUGUGACUCAGAACCUGACAUUCCGGGAACAGCUGGAAGCUGGGAUCCGCUACUUCGAUCUGCGUGUGUCUUCCAAGCCUGGGGAUGCCGACCAGGAGCUCUACUUCAUUCACGGGCUCUUUGGCAUCAAGGUCUGGGACGGGCUGAUGGAGAUUGACUCUUUUCUUAAGCAGCACCCCAGAGAGAUUGUCUUCCUGGAUUUCAACCACUUCUACGCCAUGGAGGAGGCCCAUCACAAACGCCUGGUUCUCCAGAUCCAGGAGGCCUUUGGAAGCAAGCUGGGCUCAGUCUGCAGUGUGGAGAGUAUGAGGCUGCAAACCCUGUGGGAGAAGAAGUGCCAGGUUCUUAUUUUCUAUCACUGUCCAUUCUACAAGCAAUACCCCUUCCUGUGGCCCGGAAAGAAGAUUCCAGCGCCCUGGGCAAACACGACAAGUGUGAGCAAGCUAACCCUCUUCCUGGAGACCACUCUGAGUGAGCGGGCCCCUCGCGGCUCCUUCCACGUCUCUCAAGCCAUUCUCACCCCCAGAGUGAAGACCAUCGCCCGAGGCCUGGUCGGUGGCCUCAAGAACACUCUGGUUCACAGGAAUCUUCCUGCCAUCCUGGACUGGGUGAAAACUCAGAAGCCUGGAGCCAUGGGGGUCAACAUCAUCACAUCUGACUUCGUGGACCUGGUGGACUUUGCCACAACUGUCAUUGAAUUGAAUGACCUCCUGCAGGAGGAUAGAGCUUUGGCGAAAUGCUGAUUUAAUUUUUUAUUUAACUUAAUGUUGAGUUUGUUGAUCCAGGCUAGAGUUCUGAAGGAUUUCCUGUUAAGGUGGCCCCUGGGCAGUAAUGGUAAAAUGAGUAAGAGGAGGAGGGCAUUUUCUUUUCCCUCCUGACAGGGCCAUUUGGAUAAAAUUACAGGGCUUUUAAUUGCAUUUUUCCCAAAUGAGACUUUUAAAGAACUCAAGUCCAAGGGAAGAAAGCAUGUUUCACGUGAUCAGGGUCAGGAUCUCCCCAAUGGCUUAUGAUGUUAAAUGCAAUAUGGAAAUGGAGUCUCUACGUUCCAUUGGGGAGUUGAGUGUCCCCUAAUUGGCCCAGUUCCCUGUUGUCUUCCAGGAUGUUGUGUUUGAGCCAGUGAGAAGGUGGGAUCAGAAAGGCAUUCCUGGUCAAAAGAGUGGCUCAUUGCAGCUGUGGACUGCCCUGUGGGUGGCUCUAACAUCAGCCUGGG